AUGCAGGAUGAUUUGGAAUCGUGGAUUUACAUGAGCGUGGAACUAUUCCACUCCGAUAUUCUACCUUGGAAGAAAAUUGUAGAUCGAGAAGCUGUUCUAACUCACAAGGAUAAUUUCUUCUUACUCCCAUCAUCAGAAGUUUAUGGAAAAGCGCCACAAGGUUAUAAAAGCAUAUCACGGUAUAUUGAUAACCUAUCAUUUGAAGAGGAGCCAAAUUACACUCUAAUUCAGGAAAUAAUUCGAAAUGAAAAUAUUGACGUAAGCUUGCCAUACGACUGGUUUGGUUAUGAUCUCACAAAGCGAAAGCGAAGAAAGCGAGCACUCGACGCGUCCGAUGAGGCAGGAAGGCAGUCCAGAAAUGCACCAGCUUCCCCUGAUGUGGUUCGAUUUAAAACAUUCUACAAUCGAGUUUACUGUAAAAUUACAGUAUGA